CCUUGUGUGAUCAAUGGGGAUUUUAAUACUAUUCUCCAUGAAAACGAAAAGGAUGGGGGAAAUCAAUGGAGUAUGGCGCGAUCCCUGAGUCUGGGGAACCUUGUUCAUGAUCUAGGCCUUUUUGACCCAGGGUUUCAAGGGGACCCUUUCACCUGGACUAAUAGAAGAAUGGGGGCAGCCUGUAUCCGUGAAAGGUUAGACAGGGCUCUGUGUUCCCAAAACUGGCAAGAUCGGUUCCCUGAAACUCUGGUUAAGCAUUUUACUGAUCAAGGUUCGGACCAUCGGGCGCUCCUGUUAUCUGAUAAACCGUACACUAGACAUAGUCGGCCUCUCUUCCGAUUUGACGCUCGAUGGGCGGAUAAUCCUCAGGUCAGAGCCAUGGUCGCUUAUGUCUGGCAAGAGAAUAUUGAGGGGACCCCAAUGUUUCGCCUUUGGGAACGGCUCAAAAAACUUCGCCAUCUUUUGUAUGAUUGGAGUAGAGCCGGGACGACGAAUUCUUUGCGAAAUAUCCGUACCUUACAAGCAGAGAUUGAGAGAAUCAAAGCCAUUAUUCCGGUUAACUGGGAAGUGGUUCGUGAUCUCGAGGUUGAGCUGAAUAGACAGUGGGAAGCAGAAGAGGUCUACUGGCAGCAAAAAUCCCGCGUCCACUGGCUCAAGAAGGGGGACAAAAAUACCUCCUAUUUCCAUACAGUGACUAGAACCCGUCGCAAAAAGAACUUUGUAGAAAGACUCCAGAAUGAUGAUGGGGAGUGGAUCGCAGAUGAGAAAGGGAAAGCUGAGGUUGCGACGGAUUUUUAUCGCCAUCUCUUCACUUCUGAAAAUACGGUCCAUAAUAUGAGAGAACGUGUUGCGGCCCUACCCAUUGCGCAGAAUGUUACGCCGGCUAUGAAUAACGCUUUAACUGCAGUUGUACUUCCUGAGGAAGUACGCAAGACUGUCUUUGCGAUGGGUUCUAAGCAGGCCCCGGGGUCUGAUGGGUUUACGGGCAAAUUCUUUAAAGCCUUUUGGGACAUCGUGGGGCCGUCAGUGAUUGAUGCGGUUUGUUCGUUCUUUACAACGGGAAAGAUGCUCCGUGGUUUCAAUCAUACUUGGCUCACAUUAAUCCCGAAGGUGGAUACUGUGGAAUCGAUGCGCCAGCUGCGUCCUAUCAGCCUCUGCCAGUUUGUGUACAAAAUUAUAACCAAAAUUCUGGCGGAGCGGCUGGCUUGUGUGUUACCAAAAAUUGUCUCUGAAGGGCAAAAUGCGUUUAUACGUGAGAGACAAAUAGUGGAGAACAUCCUCCUCGGACAUGAACUUAUGCACUACCUUAAAACCAAAAAACGGGGGAAGAAAGGGUACAUGGCUCUAAAGGUUGAUAUGGAAAAGGCCUAUGAUAGAGUUGAAUGGACCUUUCUUCUAACGAUUUUAGAAAAGUUGGGUUUUAGUUCUGUCUGGGUAGGAUGGAUUCAGGAAUGUCUUAGGUCAGCGUCUUUUUUGGUUAUGAUGAACGGUACCCCGUCCGUCUACUUCACUGCCUCUAGGGGGCUGCGGCAGGGUGAUCCCUUGUCCCCUCUGUUAUUUGUGCUGUGUACAGAGGGCUUUGCGACUCUUCUUCGGAAGGCUAUCUCAGAAAAGAAGUUGGCAGGAACUAAGGUGGCCCCCAGGGCGCCGCGUAUCUCGCACCUAUUCUUUGCUGAUGACUCGUACUUAUUCUUGCGUGGUACAGUAACGGAAUGUGAAAACCUAAUGGCAGUUUUGAAUAAGUACGAGGAGCUGAGUGGCCAAAGAGUGAAUUUGGCUAAGUCGGCGGUAUGCUUUAGUCAUAACAUUACCAUCCCUGAUCAGGAGCUCCUAGCUACAAUUAUGGGGGUGGGGGCAGUGGGGGUCCACGAUAAGUACCUUGGCCUCCCAUCUUUGGUUGCACGCUCGAAAAUGGAGACCUUUAGAUAUUUGGAGGAAAAGCUCUUGGCAAGGCUCCAGGGAUGGAAGCAGAAAACGUUGUCCUGGGCGGCUAAAGAAACCCUGAUUAAAUCAGUGGCCAUGGCUUUGCCUCUGCAUGUUAUGUCAUGCUUCAAGCUGCCACUGUCUCUGUGUCGUCUGCUGGAUAAACAUGUUGCUCGGUUCUGGUGGGGAUGUAGUGAGGAUCACUCGAAAGUUCAGUGGGUUUCCUGGAGGGACAUGUGUCGGAGUAAGCAUGAUGGGGGGAUGGGGUUUCGACAUUUUGAGCUUUUUAACCAAGCACUUCUAGCUAAGAUUGGAUGGCGCAUCCUCUGUGAACCGCAGUCGCUUCUUGCCCAAGUUUAUAAGGGGAAAUAUUUCCCGCAGGGAAAUUUCCUAAGUGCUACUGCUCGUUCUCGCCCCUCGUGGGGUUGGCAGAGUAUUCUCUUUGGGCGGCGAUUGUUAGAGAUGGGUUUAAGGUGGCACAUUGGGAAUGGUCGCUCGGCGUCCAUGCUUUUCUCUACUUGGGUACCGCAGAACCAGUUUGAGCCUCUCCGUUAUAACCCUGGGGUGCUACCAACUGGGGGUGAUCCCACGGUGGCGGAGCUAAUUUGUCCAGGUGAGGGACGCUGGUGUGACCACGCACUUAGCCAAUGGUUUGACCCGGCCACUUGUCGCAAUAUUAAGGCAAUUCCCCUUCCGCGCGCGAAUAUGGAGGAUAGGCUUAUCUGGUAUGGUACAGCUGAUGGUGUUUUUUCGGUGAAAUCAGCGUAUCAUUUGGCUGUCGCCCUGGAGCAGAGAAGGGGCCGACGGAAAGCUCGGGUGGAUUUGAUGGAUCGAACCAGAUGGAUCCGCCUUUGGGAGGCAAACAUUCCGCCAAAGUUGAAGGUGUUUGUUUGGCAAAUUUUCCGUCGGAUCAUCCCCACUACUGAGGCGUUGAUUGAGAGAAAGGUUCAGGUCCAUCCUCGUUGCCCGGUUUGCUGGGAGGCCACUGAGACUCCGGAGCAUCUUUUUUUGGAUUGCCCGGUCGCUCGUGCUCUCUGGGGAGCAGCUGGGUUGGAGCAUAUUGGUGAAGGGUUGCCUCGCCACACAUUUCCAUUGUUUCUUAAGAGGGUAAUGGCGUUAGUUCAUCAGCCUGAUUUAUUUAUGGCCAUUGUGGCUAUCCUCUGGCGGAUCUGGCGGUCGCGCAAUUGGGUGGUCUUUGAAGGUAAACAGUAUAGGGUUGAUGCGUUGAUGCGACAGUUUUCCCAACAGUUUGAGGAAUGGGUGCGUCUCCCGGUAGAUAAGCCUGUCUGGGGUCCUGCUGGUGCGGGGGUCCACCUUGCUGCUCAGGUUGAUUCACCAGCGGUGGUCAUUUGUGGGUGGGACGAGGCUACCAGGAGGGGGUCGCAUUCAGCUGGAGGAGUAGUGCUUAUGACACCCAAUCGGGAUAUACUGAUGGCCACGGGUAUGCAGUUCCCUGUCAUCGAUGAUCCUCUUGUGGUGGAAUUGCUCGUCCUGCGGGAGGCGGUCCUUUGGUGCCUGAGCCGCGGGUUAUUAAGUGUCAGGUUUGAAGGGGACUCCAAGGUGGUCAUCGAUAAAAUCCAGGCUGCUGAUACGAGGGAUAGCAGGUUAGGUGCGGUGCUAGCUGAAGUGCUAUAUUAUUUUACCUGUAACCCAGGGUUUAGUGUUCGGUUUAUAGGACGGGGAAACAAUAGGGUAGCCCAUUUGGUGGCUCGGAAGGCCCUUUCUUUGUACCCGAAUAUGAAUCGGUCGUAUGAUUUUCAGACCUGGCUGCUCUCCAGGGUGUAACUAUCUAUCUUUUCUGAUUAAUAUAUAUUAUCUUUUGUC